CCUAGAAAAAAGCAUGAAUUCUGAAUAUUUAUCGGAAUGCGAUUGUCGAGGAUUUCUACAAAGGAACGUGGUAAAUUUAUUGGAGUGGGCUCAUCGGAUGAAAAUGAUAAUGACCAGUGUUGUUACACGGCAAAAAUUGAAAAGAACUUUGGAAAUUAAUGAAAUUUUUCCAUCAACAAAAGUCAAUCUUGAGUCUUCUUUACUUGCGAGAGAGGCGCCAAUUCUUCGCAUGGAAUUAUUUGGCGAGCAUUCCAAAUUGCAAAAUAAUUGGCAUCUGAUGGAUUUAAAUAAAGAAAAAUUACCCUUUGACAAAUUGACAGGAGAGGAAGAAUUGAAUGGAUUUUUUGGACAAUUCUCAAUGAUUAGAAUCGCCAUGUUUGAAAAAUGGUUAAUUUCCUUAUUCAAUAAUAAGGAGAAAAUUGAAGAUCUCAAAGGGAAUUUAGUGGAAUUAGUGAAGGACACAAUUGCAAAAACAAAAUUUUUGCCUGAUGAUAAAAAUUUUGUUUUCAUUGCAUUUUCACCUGGCAAUGAACUUUCAGCGGCUGUUGAUUUCAUAAAGCAGGUUUCGAGUGAGGACACACUUUUACUUGUGACGGGAACUUGCUCCGAGGAGGGGAAAGGAAUUCCAUUUUUUGCUCGUGGCCCUGGAUCGACAAAUUUUAAUGAAGCAACUUCAAUUUUGGAUCUUCCUCUAUUAGUGAAACGUACAGCAUCAAAUUGCGAGGGACUUUGGUGUAAAUUUGAAUCCUUUAAUCGAAAAUUUGAUCUUAAGAAGAGACAUUCCAAAAGAACUGUCAAAAAUCAAGUUCCUGAUGUAGUGGUGGAGGCUUCGACACUGACUCAAAAUGUGACUGAUGGGAUCAAUAAUACGAUUGCUGAUUUGACAACGAAUGUCCCUGAUAAGAAGGAAAUUACAAAUUCAACAAUUGCCAAUGUGUCAUCGAUAACGACCAUAUUACCUCCUGAAGUUGCAGUGGCUUCUUUACAGAAUUUGCAAUUGACGAAUUCAUCUUUGGAGAAUAAUACUUUGGAUGUCGGUAAUUCAACGAACGUUACAAAUAUUGUGGAUUCGAUGACAAAUUCUACUCUUGAUGUUAUUGUACCUGCUGUAACUAAAUUAGAAAAAGUGAUUGCUGGAAAUAAUUCAAAGGGUGCUAAUGAAACAAUCAAUGAAACAAAAAUCACGACUGUUGACGACGUUAUAAGGAAUACAAUUGAAGAAAAGUCAACUACUGCCAAGAAGAGUGAGGAGGAAGUUAACAUUUAUAGCAAAGUUGAUGAAGAACAUAUUCAAUUUGAAGAAAAUUUUCAGAACAAUACAAAUGGAGGAAAUGAGACGGAAAAUAAUAAUGCUAUUUCGGAGGCAUCCGAUUACUCAAAACAAACCUCGACCGUUGUAAUUAGCGUAGCAACGUCCUUCGCUGCUCUAUUACUUUUUCAAUUCUAAAAACUUUCUAUUUUAUUUUUCUUUAAUUAAAAACAUUUUUUUGUCCUAAAACUUUUUUCCCUUUUUCUUUAUCUUUUUUUUUGAAAUAAAAUCAAAUUUUUUUUUCUUCAUUAAUUUUUUUUAAUUUCAUUCGAAGUUAAAUUAUAUCUA